GGUGAUGAAGAAAAGAAAUUUUAGUCUUCUCCUUUUGGAUCAAUACGAUUGGAGAAUCAAAUCGAAAUGAAGAUUUUUCUUAGUAUUUUGGCACUUCUUGUUGUCUCAGCUUGUGCUGGUCAACUCAAACCCAAAUCUUUAGAGUUCGAGGAAAACAAACGAUACGUAUAUGAAUACAUUGGAAGCGUCGUUACCGGAAUCCCAUCUAGUUCAAGUCUUUACUCUGGAACUCGAUUGCAGGCUAAUGUUGAGAUUUCCCACAUUGUUAGUGAAAAUGGUGUUCAUUUGAACGCAAUGCGUUUGGCCAACAUUAGUUUUACUCAAGUCCUUGAUGAAAUAACCAACCCAGAUGAUGUACAUUUUGUCAAUUUUGAUAAAGAAAAUUCCGAGAAGAAAGAACUCUUGGAAUUAACUGUUCAAUAUCACGUCAAUGAUGUAACCAAACAUUUUGAAUGGGUCGAAGUUGAUAAAAUGGACGAACCAUGGUCACUCAACAUUAAGAAAGCCAUCAUCGAGAUGUUUUUGGUCGACAUUGCUGGUAAACAGUUGAAAAUGAAUCAUAAUCAUGAACAUGAUUUAACUAAACAUUCACGAGAUGAGAUUCACCACUCUUUUGAUGUCUACGAACCAACCUCAAAGGGUGAAUGUGAAACCAUGUACCAAGUCAUCAAUGCUCUUCCUGAAACUGUCUCUGGUUUACCUGGAAGUGAACAAUUCUACUGGAAAGUCAUCAAGACACGAAACUACCAAAACUGUAACAACGCAUCUGAAUUGAUUCGCCAUAACUGGGCACGAAAUUGUGCUGCACACUGCAAAAAAACACCAAUUUUGGGUCAAUUCAAAAUCAACAACUAUUAUGGAGCUGAAAAAUCUGAAUGCUCUUGUGACACUCAAGAUCCUCUUGACCAACAGUCAACCAGCACUUACUCCAUUGAAUGCAUGGAAAAUCCCUACAUUUUGAAUGCUGAAAGUAACAGUAAAGUUAUCUUCGACAAUCAUGGCACUCGAUUCAUUUCCUACACCAAACAGACUCUUAGAUUCGUCAGAAUCUCAGGUGCGCCAUUGGAUCUUAUCAAUGAAAACAAUGCUAUUCGAGUUUCAAACCUAGCCUUUACUCUUUACCCUUAUGCUGGUUCAUCUGCUAGCGUAUAUACUCAUGAGAUUCCAAUAUACAACCUUUUGGUUCCAAUGCCUCCACGAAACUAUGUUGCAAGAUUCAGAUUGAGAGAAUUUACUUAUAAUCUUUUAACUCAAGUUGCUGAAACCAUAAUUGGAAAAGCAAAUGACGAAAAAAAUGAAAAUAAAAACCAGCUUAAUGUUGCUCGAAUUAUGACAAGAAUUAUUCAAAAUCUGGAUCAUCUUGAUUUUGGCACAAUCAUGGAUGUCUACAAAGACUGUAUCGUUAAAGAGGAUCAACUUUACACCAACACUUUGAAUUCAGUUCGAAGACAACUGUUUCUUGACGCUAUUUCUCAUGUUGGAACCCAUGAAGCUGUCAUAUGGCUGGACGAAGUAAUGAAUUUAACUCCGAAUGGAUUAUUCCCAAUUGAAGUACGCCAGGUUGUCGAAACAUUACCCCUCAAUAUUCAUGUCCCACCCACAAGUUUGAUUAACUUAUUGGAGAAGAAGAUUUAUUCUUGUAUUGUUCAGCAAGAUUGGGAUUCCCUUUCUGCUUUUGUCGUCGCUUAUGGUAAACUUAUAGCCAAAGCUUGUCCAAACCCAGGAGCAUCUUUUGUAAUGAAAGAGGAACCAGAGAGCGAAGAGUGCAGCGUUCAGGAUACAUUUGAAUAUGUUGUUGGACUAGCUAUGAACCUUGUACGAACUCAAUCUAUGAGAGGUAAACUUUUGAUCGCUCAAGCUUUGGCUCAUUCGGGUAAAUUUAUUGCUCUCUUGAACCUUACACCUUAUGCAAAGGGUGAAUUUGUAUGCCCUGGUGACGUCUCCGAAUGUGCCUUCUUCAGAACCACAGUCAUCUACUCUCUUCACCACAUGAUUCCAGUUGAACCUAAACGAGUCCGAUCCCUAGUUUCAACCAUCUUCAACACUAAGACCGAACCCUAUGAAGUACGAUUAGCUGCUUUCACUGUUUUCAUGUCUACCGUACCUAAAAGACACGAACUUGAAUCUGUUGCCGUUUCACUCCGAAAUGAAACCAACCAUCAAGUUAUCACCAUGGUUCGAUCCAUCUUGGAAGAAACUGCUAACCUCACCCAAGCUUGCCACCAACCCUUAGCUCAAGCUGCCCGUGAAAUCGUUGCCACUCUUCCCGAAGUCAACCUCGAUGGAGUCUACUCUCAAGCCUCUUACAAUGAAUGGUAUUCAACUGACAAAUCAACUGGUUUCUUCGCCAAUGGUCGAUUUGUAGCUAACAAUGUUUCUUACAUCCCUAGACAUGGUUACGUUAACAUCGGUUCACACUGGAAAUCUCUCUCAAAUCCAUGGUUCAGUCUUGCAUUCCAGCAGAAAGGAUUGGAAAGUGCUUUGAAACAUUUGAAGGUUGCCACCAAAACAAUGGCAAGAGAUCCCCGGAAGAUCGAUGAUCUUUGGGAAGAUCUUGGAGUUGAAUCUAGAGACGAGGAAGAAUUUAUGCUCAAAUUUUUCGUUCGAGUUUAUGAGCAAACUUCUCUAUUUACUAUGGACAAAUACACUUUGAAAAAUGCCUACAAACAAUUUGUACGUGUUAUGCGUAAUUUUGUUUCUGAUGCCUCAAAGAAUCAAGUUGAUUUCAACUGGGUUCGAUUCUAUAUGCCAUCAACUUAUACCGAUAUUGUUCCAACUGCCAUUGGUUUACCAAUUGCUGCCAUCAAACAAAACAAUCAAAUUGUUUCCCUUCGAUUGACUAAAUCUGACUUAGAGACUAGUCAAACUUUAGGAUUCACAUCAGGAAACAUCAACUUCAAAGUUACGCCACAAAUGUUCACAUCAUCAGACUUUUCCCUCUCAGUGUUUAACCAAGGACUCGAAAUAGAAGCCAACUAUGGUGUUCACAACUCUAAAAUGUUCAACUCAUUUGUUCCUCUCAACUUGAACUUUGGAUGGGACUUAAAAGAUAAUAAAUUCACAUAUGCAAUCAAACCCGUUUUUCAUAAGACCAACUUCCAUUCAUCAAACAAAAACUUUGCUUUUAACGCUAGAAGCCACGUUGGACAUUUGAACAAAAAGCCAAUUAAUGCAAAGAAGACAAUCCAAUCUUUGGUACCUGCUUACAACCACCCUCUUGUCCAAUUCAAGAGCCGUGAAUUAGGUAUGAACUUGAACCUUGGCUUAUCCACUGAACGACCCUGGUUCAUUGACUUAACCGAGAUCCCAUGUGAAGGAACCGUUGCCUGGCUUUUGGAGAAAUACAAUGAAAUGAACCAAUUCAACAACAACAUCAACUUGACUCUUGUUCAAAACGAGGAAUACCCAGCAUCUGGUUUUGUUGGUUCAUUCAGAUAUGAACAAGAUAUCGAUGGUGAAUACGUUGCUAUUGGUGAAACUAACCCAUCAGAAGAAACUGAUGCACGAAGAAUCGUCCAAGAUUUGAUCCAACGAUACCCAUCCGAGAUCAACAACCCUGCAUUCUUCGCUCGAUCCAUCGAAUUGUACCUCGCUACUUUCGGACACCCAGAACCCACCGAAUUCAACUCAACCCUUACUUUAGGAACUGCUAUUGACAACCAUGCCUAUUGGUUCAGAUUCAACUCAACCUUAGACAACAAAAACGAAGAUCUCUGGACACGAGUUUCUCGAAAAGCUAUCAUUGAUGGCAAAGUAGAACGGCCAGUUAUCCCAAGCGAUCUUUUAUGGAGAAACCCAGAAAAAUUCAUCGGUAACUACAUCGCCAACAUUGCAUGGGCCAGUAAUGUUCGAUCAGAACAACCCGACUCUAACAUCUUGGUUAAAGGUGAACUCCGACGAUCACCAAGAGACCCAGUUAUCCCUGAAAUGGAACGAGAAUCAUGGUUCCACAAACAAUGCAAAAAGGACAUCAAGAACGGUAAUGCCACCAACCACGCUUGUGAACGAGUUAUCGCUGAACAAGCAUACUUCAAUGUUGUCACCGGAAAGAUUGAAUGGCGACAAGUCCAAGAACCUGUUCGUGAAUCAAUCAGAAAGGUCUACGCUGAACUUAAACGAUCUCUCAUGUACUACUGGAAGCCUUGGUCAAACAUCUCAAUCGAAAGGUUUGAAAGUGGACAAGACGUUGUAAAGUUUUCUGCCGCUUUCUCCAACAUCAUCUACAAGCGACCAGUAAUCAAUUUAUUUGUUCAAACUCCAACUGAAAAGGUCAACUUCACCAAGAUCUUUGUUCCAGUUGCACCUUUCCCCGCAAUGCACCCAAUCAACUACCUUUCAGCUUCACCAAUGCCAAAAGACCAAAUUUGUACUCUCAUGAAGGAUUCCAUCCGAACCUUUGACAAUGUCACUUACCGAACCUGGUUGGACGAAUGUGAAUUCGUUGCUUCAAUGGAUUGUUCACAAAACAAACAGUUCGCUGUUACGGUUAAAGGAAAAGCUGGUGAAAGAUCGAUCAGAGUCUACACUCCACUUCAGAACUACUACAAAGUCUAUGAUGUCAAGAAGGAUUCUGCUAGUUUGACUGUUUAUGAUCGUUUUGAUCAAGCUCAAGGUGAUUUUGUAUUAAAAUCCGGUACACCUGCUAUGCGUUUGGGCAUGUUAUCAAACUCUAAAUACCACGAAGCUCACCGGAUCUUCAUUCAUGAUGGUGUUGUCAACGUUGUUUUACCCAAAGAAAAUGUUCGAGUUGCUUUUGAUGGACAUUAUUUGAAAAUCACAACUUCACCUCUUUUUGUUGGUAAAACUUGUGGCCUUUGCGGUAAUCAAAACCAAGAAUUUUAUUCUGAAUUCUUAGACCCUAAAAUGGUUGAUCUUGCAUCAAACCUCACCGCUUUCCGAGACUCAUAUUCACUUCACAACUGCAUUGAACCACUUCCUUGCAGCGAGCCUGAACAAUGUGAAUCAGAAGACUCACUCUCUGCUAAGCACGACAGAUCAACAUUAGGCGCUAACCGAUCAAUCAAUAAAAAAACUAGCAACCCUAUUCUCCAAACUUUGGUCAUUGAUCGAAAAGAUUCAACAUGUGCAUCUUUGGCUCCACAAAAGAUGUGCAAAGAAGGCCAAAAGGCUUCAAAAACUGAACGCAAGCUAGUCGAUAUGCUUUGUAAAAGCAAUAGCCACUCAAAUGUCAACAAAAGGACUGAAAAAUCUACAAUCACUAAAUUCAACAAAACUGAAACACUAACAUACAACUCACCAGUCGAGUGUGUAUCGGAUAAGGAAUCAAUUCGAGGACUCUAACAUGUGAUCCUUUUAUUUUUUCUGUUCAAAAAUUUAUAAACACAACUCUAAAUUGUUCUCAGAUUUAACAUGCAUUUUACAAAAUAAAAAAACGAAUCUUAAUCUAUUAA